AUGCCUCUGCAAGAGCGAAAAGCUGCCGACCUGGCCGUCGGUAACAAGUCUCACCUUUCCAGCGAGCCCGCUGACGCGUCAAAAAAGGGCAGCCAGGGCAUGGUGGCCGAUCUGUUCCAGCGCCCGGCACAGAACAAGCUGGGUAAUCGACCUCGUCAGCCCAACGUCUUGGUCCGCCCCAGAAGAGGCAGCAGCUUCAAGGACUCUCCAGAAGAGUACUCGCAUAGGCAGCAGCAGCAGCAGCAGCAGCAGCAGCACUACUCACACUCUCGCGGACUCUCAUCGUCGGGCGAUUCUGCGGCGUCUUCGUCGAGACGCGGCUCCGCAUCAACUUCAGCCCAGUCACUUCGACGAGGCUCUUCACACACCGAUCUCGAGUCCCAAAGGGCUGAACCCGCCAAGGGGAAAAGGCCCGAGCUGGUCUCUUCUGCAAGCUUUGAUUCGGACCCCAGGUCGACGACGCUUUCGGCCUGCAGUAGAGGCCCGUUUAGUGCAUCUGCUUCGCUGCUCCUCGACGACGACUCGAGGGCUGAAGCGGAAAAUCUCACGUUCCAGGAAGCCCUAGAAUCAUUAUCGACAUCCUCGACAAACUUGCAAGACGAGGUCAAGGACCCUGUCGUAACCCAAAUCAGCACCACCACCACCACCACCAGCCGUGGUGCGUCCGGUCCGGGGACUCGACGUCACAGCCGCUCACGGGUUUCCGACGGCUUCAAGCCCUUUGGCCAGUACGGCCGUGGUUGGCUCUGGCCGCUGUCCAAGAAGCAAAAGCCCCAGGACAUCACGUUCGCCCAGUGCGUCCAGGUGACCCAGGAGAUCACCAUCGAGAUCCAAACCGACCCAGACUACCGUCCUCCGAAGUCGGCCCAGGCUGGUGGGCAGGAGGUCCAGGUGCCGAGGAACCCCAACGAGUACCCCGACUUCCGGACCCAUCACGAGUUGUUUGGUGGCGGCCCUCCCUCGCCCACUCAGACCGACGAGGAGACUAGGGACAAGUCCAGAUCAGGUUGGAAGAAACACUCACGCUUUUCCAGCAGUAUCAGUUGCCGUUCUUUUCUGCAAAAGGAUCAGAAAGAGGUCGAAGAGACGGCGGCUGCGGCUGCGGAUGCGACGGAGGAAAUCCCAGCCUUUCUUACCCACCUCAAGAUGCACUACCCACCCCCCAACGUCGUCGCCACCUGGCCUCCUCCUAACCACACAAACCCAGAGCGUCGGGGGCCGGCGCUGCUGGUGAUCGAGCUGACCAUUCUCCCCGUCGCGCUCUUAACCCUCCUCCUACGUCUCUAUGUCCGUGUUCGUAUCGUCAAAAGCUACGGCUGGGACGACUGGUUCAUGGUUGCCGCGGCGGCCUGCGGCUUCGGCGUGACGCUAUGCACCAUCAUCGCGACGCAAAUAUUCAAUUGGAACGCACACAUCUGGGACCUGACGCCGGAGCAGAUAGUCGAAGGCCGCAAGGUCUCGCUGGCCAGCCAGACGCUCUUCACCGCGGCGACUUCCCUGGCCAAAGCAUCCAUACUGCUUUCGUACUUGCGCAUCGCGCCGCGAAAGUCCUGGUUCAGGCGCCUGACGUUUUCCGCACUGGCCCUGGUGUCAACCAUCGGGUUCGCCGCCAUCUCCCUGUUCUGGACCCAGUGCAUGCCCAUCUCGAGCUACUGGUCCUUUCAGGACACGUCCCAGGCCGCCAACUGCGGGGUCGACGAAGGGCUACUGGCCUAUGCUCAGGCGCUGUGCAACGUAUGCACAGACCUGGCCGUCUACGUGCUGCCCAUACCGACGCUCGCGGCUCUGUCCCUGCCGCUGGGCCAGCGCAUCGCCACCAUCGCGCUCUUCAGCCUGGGCCUGAUCGUCGUGGUCGCCGGGUGUAUGCGUGCCUACUGGAUCUCGUACGUGGUCGUGGCCAGCCUGCCCGACUUCACCUGGGAGGGCUACCACCUGUGGAUCUGGACCGCCGUCGAAUGCCAGCUCAGCGUCAUCUGCGGCUGCGUCCCCGUGCUCAAGCCCCUAUUCUUCAUGAUGCUCGGUCGUGAGGCCGGUUUCGAGCUGCGACGGGAAGACAUAGAUGAUGACGUUGCAGACUUUGACUUUUGCGACAUUGCAACCACGAGAGACUCAAAGGCCUACACAAUGUACGCGCGGAGCAUACACUCGAGUCACACGAACGCAAGCGCCAUCGAGGCACCGCCGCCGGCCAGGAACACGAAUCGAUUCAGCUUUGUCUGGGCAAGCUCGGACGGCCUCGCGCGCACCAACGUCGUGGUCGAGACGAGUGAUGUUACUGCCGCCGCCACCGCCGCUAGCGACCCCUGGUACCCUGGAACGCGACCGGCCUUCAUCCCGGGAAUGCCUCCACCACCGCGACCGCCACGGUCCCCGUUACCCCCCGAGAUGGAGAACGGGAUGUAUCUGGCAGAGAUUUGCAAGCGCCAUACGAUGCCGAACCUGCGAGAUGACGAUGCGAAUGUCUGGGUUUCUGCGGGUGGCGGCGUGAGGACCGUCAUUACAGCCGGUGUUCCCAUAAAGCCAAAGGCAAAGUCUUUGCGAUGGGUUUGA